CUUAGCGAUUCAAACACUUUAUCAUCGAUAUAUCGCUCACUAUGUGGAAGAAAAAUUGGAAACUUCUCAUCAUUGCUGGCUACACAUCUUUCCUUAUUGGACGUAGAAUAUUCAUUUAUUAUAAAAACAUGAAAUGGCAAAGAGCACCUUCAAGGAAAAUUGACCUUUCUGAUAAGACAAUAGCUAUUACAGGCUGUACGUCGGGUAUAGGGAAAAUGGUCGCAAUUCAGUUGGUGAAAUUUGGCGGAAAAGUAAUAAUGCUAAAUCGGAACUCAACACAAACCGAGGAACUACAAAAAAUCAUAAUGAAGAAGUAUCCGCAUGCAAAGUUAGAAAGUUAUCAGGUCGACAUAUCCUCUUUAGCUUCAAUAAGGACAGUUGUCGAAGGUAUUACGAAAAGGAAUUUUUCUUUUCAGAAAUCGCUUAAAAAAUAAUAAUAGUACUAAAAAUCUUAGUAAAGUCUUUUUUAAAAAUAGUUAUAUCUCUAAAUUAUGCAUUAUACCAAUAUUAAUUCAAUUUAAAAAGUCGUUGGUAAUAUAGUUCAUAAGUUUAAUAAUUUUCUUUUUUUCUACCUGGCCUCAACGAGAGAAUUGAUAUGCUUAUUAACAACGCUGGUGUUUUCAACUCACCAAUUAACCAAACAAGCGAGGGAUUUCAACACGAGCUAGUGGUUAAUUAUUUUGGUCCGGUUUUUCUAACAAAUCUACUUUUGAAAAGAGAAAUCGGCUUGAAAAAGGUAGUUAAUGUUACAUCUAGUUUGGCGAAGUAUGGCUCCUUUUUCUUCGACGACUUGAAAGGUCUACAGAUGGAGAAGAAAGUAAGAUAUCGCAAUAGCAAGUUAGCUCUGACCGCUUUCACUAACAAAAUCAUUGAAGAAUAUAAAGAUAAAGAUGUUGAAUUCAUGGCUGUUCAUCCUGGUCUAGUUGUUACAAAACUAGGUCGUAAUAUCCUACCUAAUUGGUUUAGUUGGGUAGAAAUCAUUAUCCUACCCCUUUUGCUACUUUUGGCCAAGCUUCCAAUAGAAGGUGCCCAAAGUAUUUUAUAUUGCAUCGCUGAAGACUGUUCAAGUGGUUAUUACGGAGACAGCAGAAGAAAAGAAUGGCCCCAGUUUUGCGAUAAUAAAGAAGCAAUUAAUAAACUGUAUAAGGAAACAAUUUCUCUUCUUUCAAAUUUUUAA